GGGUUGGUUGAAGAUCAGGUGGGCUGGGGUCUGACAGUGAUUGCUGAGGGGGUCUGCCAGUAAGGAGUUGCAGUCGUUAAUGUGUUAUAAUAAGAAAAAAAACAUCCAACUACCUAUAAACUGCAGGUCAUUACAACUGCAAAACUAUUUUUGUUUUGUUAGAUUUAUCAAAUCCUAAAUCAGUGUUUUUGGCAGAUUAUUUUGUUUUCUGUGCAAUAUCAGAUUAUUAGUUUCAUAUUAGAUGACCUUUUCUUGUAAAACUGGAUCUGUUUAUCUUCUUCUUUCUUUAUUUUGUACCUGUCGUCUCCUUUUGCUCCUUCUGACUAACUUUUUAUUCUGAUAUCUCCCAGUUAUUGUUUGAUGCACACCUCCUUUCAGCCCCGUAAUCCUGCAGCGACAGCAGGAAUGAUUUUGGUACGACCAACUAAAAUCCAGAGUGACCGGCAUGAAUGAACCCUGUCUGAAUAUCCAGUCCACAUGUAUGCAUAUAUUUGAUUUUUCAAGUUAUGUGUGAGAGUUCAUGUGUCCCGGUGCGUAAGCGUGGGAUGUGUAGGAUACAUGCCCAAGCAAACACACACCACACACGUAGGCCACCGUGGUCGAUCAGUGGAGGAGUAUUAGUUUCAGGAUUGAGAAAUUAUUUCAUUAUAAAAUAGCGUCGACUGUGUGUUCUCUGGCAGCCUGUGCCAGCUCUCAUGUAUGUGUGUAUGUGUGGGAGUGUGUGUGUUAGUGUGUAUUAGUGGUGUGGAUGUAUGGGUCUGUGUAUGAGCAACAGGAAAUGGGAAAAGGUGUUGAAGGUGAGAUUAAAAAAACUGUGCAUGCAUUUAUUUAGGAAUCCAUCUGAGGGCAUCCAUGAUGUUUUUGAUGUGUUUAGUGUAUAUGUGGGUGUGUGUGUGAGUGCGUGCACAUUCCUGAGAGGACCCUGAGUGGAUCAAAGCCUCUGACACCCCAGGCAGUGUCGUCCUGAGGGAGCCAGCUGUCAGAUCAGGGAUCAGAGAUCAGCGGCGUCUGUCCUCCCUGCUCUCUGCUCUCUGUGGGGUCUGUCACAGCAAGUUAGCACUUAGCCAGAGGCUAGGAUCAACAAUUAGAUUAGCCUUGCCCAAAAUAAUGGCUGUCAAAGGGCAGUGGACCGUCAGAGAGAGGGAUAACAGAGCUAUAAGAGUCAACACAAGAAAACUUUUUUUUAACUCAAUCAUCCUGAUAAAUUGAAAAUAAAAGCCUGAAAGAAUAGUUUUGUUUUCAGUUUACACUUAAAGCUCCUAUGAGGAGAUUUUAGCUGGGUGUGAAAUCAAUCGUACCUCUUACUUUCAUAGAAAAUACUCCCAGUGAGGGAUACAUAAGACUGUCAAAGGAGGGCAGGAUGAGAUUUUUUUUUUUUUUGGUCUAAAAACAACUUUUAUGUGUAAGGAACAAAAUCAGUACACAGAUCAGAAGCAUCACUUUGUCCACAAGGGGGCUCCAAAAUCCAACCCAACAAAAAGUUCCUCAAAGGAGCUUUAAAAAUGGCAACAGAGAGGGAGGACUUGGCUGAAAGAGGUACACUAUUCCAGGGCCUGAACAUAAUAUACCCAAAAGACAAACUUAAGCGUUAAAAGCUGCAGUCCUUUUAAUAGCCACUUGAGCAACUCUGUUAAAACACCAGUUUAAAAGUGAAAAUAGACACAAUAACAACCUGGUACAAAACUUUUUUUAAGCUAUCUAUUCUUAAUUGAAAAAAAAGGAGGGCAGAAUGACCUUAUAAAUUAAUAUUUAUAUUUUUUUCAAUUUUCAUUUUUUAAAUUUCCUAUUUUCUAGUUUUUAGUUAUUUUUACAUAUUUUUUAAUGUUUAUUUUUUUACAUUUUUAAUUUUAUAUUUGCAUUUUUUAGAAGUUUGAUUUUUUCUUUAAUUUUAAUUUUUUUAAAAUCUCUAUUUCUUAUUUUUUAUUUAUAUUUAUAAAUAUAUAUUUAAUUUUAAUUCUUUUAAAUUUAUAAUUGUCUUUAUUUUAUAUAAAUUUAUAUUUCCUUUUUAUUAUUUUAAGUUUUUUUUUUUUUAUUUAUUAAUUUUUAGCUAUUUAUUUUUAACUGUAAAAAAGCUGUAAUAGGGUUGAAUUUUCCAAGCUUCAUCUUUGGUAGGUUUCUUGGUGAACUGGAUGCAGUAUUUUCAAUAUAGUGACCCUCAUUGUUGGGCUUUAUAACGUCUCUUCAGUUACAGUUACUGAGACACACCAUGUUUUAUACAGCCUAUGGCAUAGGCUGUAUAAAACAGUGUCAUCAUGGGGUGUUUGCAUAGGCCCUAUGCAAACACCCCAUGAUGACACUUUAUCUUCCAAAUCCUUUCAGUCCAUUUAUCCACCUUCUUACUUCAGUUUCUGUAAUACAAAAAUAAAGAGCUAUCAUCACUCUGAGUUUCAAGUGAGCUGAAGAGAGGGGGUUGUGUUUGAUAAGACGGAGAAGAAAAACAACAAGAAAGUUGGUAAAAAUCUAGGUGAACUAUUAAAUGAACUCCAAUCGCAGCAUCAUAUUCCUGUCUGAGGCAAACAGAUUGAUAAAUACUUCAAACUGAAGGUGAGCAGCUUCCUGUGUGUAAACAGUUUUAGGACUGAGAUUGCAGGUUUUCUAAAUCAGUUUAAAUAAGUCAGGAACUGUUUUCAGACUUAAAUUUUUUACCUUAAGGAGUGAACUGUCGGGAAACGAAUGGGAACAGCAGAGAAAACUACAUUAAUAAAGCAGAGUGAUCAUUUACCGAACCAUAUACUGUUUCAUGACCUUAAAAACACGUUAAGACUGUGAGAAACCAUGAUUGCUCUGAACGCGCACAGACUUGGGCAAACGGUCAAUUGGCACAGAAAAGUGAAUACAACUACGAUGAUGCAUGACAAACCUGCCAUAUAAAACACAACACCGGCGGUGAAAUUACUCAACUCGAUUGCGCUGACCAUCGGCUGUGAGUAAUGGUGUCAGGAGGAGUGUACGCACCCCGCUGAGUGCGUGCCAGGCCCCUGGUCAGCCCACCCGACCUGCAUGUGCUGCCAACUCUCACUUGGCAGGAGCUUUGAAAGCGUCUCUACCUCCGCAGCGGUCAGCAGUGUCAACAGCUCCGUCGGACCACAUGUAGCUGAUGAAUCAGUGUGACUGCAGCGCCUGUGUGUACAUGAGCAUUUCUAAUGGGCUGUGAUACAGGCUUAAGCAAACUCUGUGUCUGUGUGUGUGUGUGUGUGUGUGUGAGUGUGCAGCUGCUUCAGAUAUGAGAUUAGUCAUCUCUCUACUAAACGUCUCGCAGUUACAAGGUCGGUUUACUCAAACGACAGACAAAAACAUACUUCCCCGCUAACCUUGAGUGGUAUUAGGUCAUGACGAUAGCUUCAAGUUGCCCGUGUAAAAGUUUUUAUUAUAUUUGAGUAUGAUAUUCCUGCCUCCGCUCCAAUAAUAUUGAGGUUAAGGCGUUUUAUUUGUGGAUCCCGCAGCAUUAAAAGUCAAUAGUGGAAUCUUCUCCCAGACAGAGUUUUCCCAUUACUCUCAAUAGUCCACAGAGCUGACUGUCAACAGUUUUUAAUUGGGACUAUUUCUUUGGUAGAGCUUGGUUCCAAUGAAAACUCCAGAGUGAAGUCUGUGAAAUAUCCACAGUUUCUCCGACUUUGCUGCCACUGACUGUUUUAUUUUUUUUUCUACUGUAUUCAAUUUUCCCAGCAUGUACUCCGGCGGGCCAAAGCUAUCUCUACACUUUGUUCUCGGUCUGUACAGAGUCAGAGUCAGCAACUCAAAUCUGCUUCAAAGUCGAGUUUGGGGAUUUUCUUGGGCAGCACUAAAACCAACGUGGAGCUAAAGUGCCAAAAACAGAAAAGUUUGUAAAAGAAACGAGUCUUGGUGAAAUAGAUUGGUAGAGGAUCUUUGGCUUUUUAAUAAGGUUUCAUGUUUGAAAUCGAUUCCUCAAGUAGCUUUAGGACACACUAACAACUCCCUAAUGAAAAUGAACCCAAAUUAAAAAAAAAAAAAAAGUGCCUUUCAUUGGCUGGUGAUAAGAUACAAUACGAUAAGAUACCAUACAAUAAGAUACGAUACUGUACAACACAAUACGAUAAGAUACAAUACAAUACGGUACAUUACGAUAAGAUCCCAUACGACGCAAUACAAUACGAUAAGGUUUAUUUUGAUACAAUACAAUAUGAUAAGAUACGAUACAAUAAGAUAAGAUUUAAUACGCUACAAUACGAAACUAACGAUACAAUACAAUAAGAUACAAUACGAUAUGGUACGAUAUGCCAAGUUACAAUAUGAUUUGAUACGAUAAGAUACAAAACAAUGAUACGAUACGAUAAGAUACGAUAAGAUAAGAUACGAUAUGAUACAGUGACCAUAUUCUGAAUCCCAAAAAAGAUGACACAACCACGUGGGGGCGGAGUCACAGAGUCGUUAAUUUUAAAACACUUGACCCAACCUGAGUUUUUCAGGUUGGGUCGAGUGUUUGAAAUCUGUUUUUUACUUGUCUGAGGGAGUUUUUACGCGCUUCUUACACAGUAAGUCCACAUGACACAAACUCAAAACUUCCAUACAAAAACUUCCAUAUAAACUCCCUCAGACAAGCAAAAAACAGAUUUCAAAGUCGUUCAUUUCAUUUUUUGAGACUCUGUCAGAAGGUUAGAGCUCAUACUCAAAGUGGACGAGAUAUUGUGCAUGAUGGGAAAUCCCCAUCCUUCAAAUUAAGGCGCCAUAGAAAUAUUUGCCACAAAUUUUUCAAACAGAUCUGCAAACCACUGAAAACGGCUUCAUGAUUUGUUUUUGGGUCCCAACCAAAAACUAAGAACUUAACUUACAAAACGAUCGAUUUGUGGUGUGACUUGACUAAACUUUGUCGACUGGCGUGAUGACAUAAAGGAAGAUGAUCAUCUGCUAUUUCUUGACAAAUUUCUAUCUUUUUUUGUUAUUUAUUAUGACUAUAAUGAGCCAACAGGUCCCAAAGCCCUUCAUCUGCUGUAUUGAUCUGUAAUCAUGCCUAAUUCAUGUAGUCUGACCUCGACACAGAGUUCAGCAAUCUAUAGUUUUCUGCAAUAGAGGCUAAACAAGCUUAAUUCCAUUCAUAAGGAUGGAGAAAAACUUUUAAAACAAGAUUUUCAGCAAGGUUUGGUCUUCUCGAGGAGUAUGAAGUCAAAAUAUAUAUAUUUUUUAGAGGUCCAUAAGAUGCCAACAAACCUUAUGGCUGAAGUUUUAACCAAUAUUCAUCGUUGUCCUUUUGCACCUUGCUCCAAAAGCUCCCCAGAGUCCUCACAUUUAGAAGUUUGAAGCUCAGACCCCCUCCUCCACACACACACACACACACACACACACUUUCUCUAUUCCUGCCCUCCUUCUCUCCCUUCCUCUCUCUCUCUUUUACUCCCUCCUCUCAGCUCAAAACUAUAAGAGCCAGGGAGGAGUGAGCACACACACACAAAGCACCUCUCCUCUUAUGCACGCACACACACUCGCUGCACAUGCAUGGAGUGGAACUGAUCCACGGGGCUGCACAGUAGUGAGGCAACAGUGUGUGAUCCAGAAAGAGAGGGGGGUUGGAGAAAGAGAGAGAGAGAGAGGGAGAGAGACUGCUGACUCUCUCUCUUGCAAACUUCAGGGGAGCUGCAGUGUGGAGAAGUUGCAUGGAGUGUGCUGUUCCAGCUGAGGACUUUUCUAUUGGACCAUGAAGACCAAGAAGUGGAGGCAGAAGAAGUAGAAGAAGAAAAGAAAAAAACAUCUUCCUGCUGGCUGGACAGGCACCCCGAGUUUCACUGAGGGAUUAGCGGACUCCUCAUUCACGCGCACAGGUCAUGGUGAUCUCCUACGUGAGCGUCUCUCGUUGACAGGAGCUCCUCUGUGUCUUGGAUUUCUCCGGGAUCAAAGUUUGUUUUCCGAGCGGACUGUGUGAAUGAAGUGUGCGGAAGCAGGAAACAUGUCAAACGGACGUCUCAGUCACCUGUUGAGGGGAGUUUGGCUGCUGGGGCUGUGGCAAGGUGAGUCCACACACUGUCCACAGAACUCUCCUUUUACUCCUUCAGCUGUUUAAACAACUUUUUUUCUUUUUAAAGACACGAGAGUUGUGCUAAAUUUCACCCCGAGAUGAGAAACAUGGGCAGAUUUUUAGCUGAUUAAAUAAAAGCAUUUUUGGAAAUGUUUGUCAAAACUGGUUAGAGACGGAUUUAGCUGAUAUUGGCUUUCAAAUUUCAUCAUCUUCAAAUUCAGAAAUGAGACUCCAACAGAUUUUCUGUGUUUUUGAGGUAACACUUUGUUGGAUUUGCCACAUGAAAACUGUGCAACAUUCGUAUAUGAAGAAAAUGAACCCUGACAGAUUGAAGUAAUCAGAAAGAUUCAACUCUUUGUCUCUAAAGUUGGACUUUAAAUCUUGGAGAUUUCUGCAGAUUUUUCCUCCUAAUCCAAAAGUCUUUCAGUCGGUUAUGAAAAGAAGAUAGAUCAGCUGAGGAAGGGAUUAUCAAGGACAAAAACUGAUAUUUACCAGGAAGUUAUUAAGUCAUUUUUUCCUGGUUAGGUGGAUCAGAACUUUAAAAACAAAAACACGACCUCUGCUGAGAUUACAGAUGUAUGAAUAGUGAGUCUGUGUCCCUCCUCUGCUCUGCUGCGUGUCUUCAAAGCGUCAGUGGGAUCUGGAGGAGUCUUAAAAGAAGCCCCGGCUGGUGCCUUUAAACAAUGGUUCCCUAGGAGCGGGGAAGCGUGGCCCUGGAACUAAUGUUGCCAUUAUGUUAAUGGUUAGAAUAACAGGAGACAGUCAUUACUGACCUUACCUCGGGCUGCUGCGCUGAGACGGUUGUCCAGCAGCCGCAGCCAGGAUUGCGGAAGCGCAGCAUUUUGGCCUUCAGGGUUUGUUAGGGUGAUGGGCGGCCGGAGACAGACAGGAGGAGGCAUCUGCCCGGCUCUAAUCAUCAUCCAGAAACCCCCGCCAGCUCCCCAAAAAACCCCUCCACCCCUGAAGCUGUCCCAGCGGCAGGCUUGUAGACUGGUAUCUGUGAAUUGUUUUCUUUUUCACAGCUCAAGUCUAGUUGGAAGAGACAGGUGAGGUCAAGGAAGUAGACCUCGAUGGAGAGGAGAAGUUUAUCUCCACAAAACUAGACGUAAUAUUGAACCAAACCGGACAAUUAUCAGGUCAUUUUUCUUCGAUUUUCAUCUGGUGCAAUCUGAGGAAUCCAGAGAACCUCGUCCUUAAUGAUGUGAUGACUCUAAAUUUCUUGAUCCUCUUUGUCUUAACCUUCUUUGAACCUAAACUUUGACUCUAAACCUCCAAACACUCGGCUGCUGGAUUUGUGCCUUUCCUGAUGAAGUGUUUGAGAAAGAUAAAAGAGACCGCAGCGAGUAUUUGGAGAGAGUCUGGUGGAUCUUCGUACCAAAGAAUUUCCUGUUAUGUCCCAAGUUUCCUGGAUUGAACCGAACUGAAUGGGAAUGUUUUGCAAUCCCAGAAUCAAAUAUCUUGAUAUUUAUCUUCGCUGACGAAACCCUUAAUAAGAUUGAAAACUAACUCCGGGAUGUCGUGUUUAAAAGUCUCAAUCCAAUUUAAAAACUCUACAAACAUGUAAAACAGCCACUGACCGGAUCUCCUGAAACGUCUCCAGACCGAGUUUUUGGAUUAAGGUGAAACUCGGUGUAAUCUCAGCUUGAAAACAUCAGCAGACCAUCAACUCUUCUUGCACUCUAUCUACAUUUUGACUUCCUUGUCUCACCAUCGAGAAGAAACACCACAAAGCAUGUCAGGAGCUAUUAUAAUCAGGAUCAUCUCCAGUGUCUACCAAAGCAGAAAACCCAAACUAAAACCCGAUCUAAUCCAGCGCUCAUCCAUCUGACUGAAAUUACAUAAGACACGGAUGAGAAAAGCUGAGAAAUGGAGCUUUAGCUGGCUGCGUUCGCCGGAUUUUCCAGCUGUUUUCUUCACAAUGCAGGUGUGAAACGCAGCAGAUUUAGGAGCGUGUUUUUGCUCUGUGAACAGCGGUAGAAGUCCUCAAACCACAGCGGCGCUGGCAGCAGCGUCCGCUGGGCAAACCCCUGUAGAUCCCUUGUCUAAAUAAACGAGGCCGCCAGAUUAAGCAGCUUACUCCGUGAUGAAAAGACAACAGUAGUCGUGCAUGCACUGCCCCGGGGACAGAGAGGGGACUCCUGGUCAUCGAGAUCGCUAUGAGAUGCUGGGAGAAAUAGGAAAGACGGACCCGGGGUUAUAAAAACACAACAAACCUCAUGUUCUUUGAAAAACCUUGAAAUCAACUUAACCUCCGCAUGACUUUAGCGACAAGGGUGGAGGGAACGGAGAGAGAGAGAGAGAGAGAGAGAGAGAGGGGAACGAGGCCUGAAAAUGAGGUUCAAAUACUUCACAUGGUUUCUGUAAGCUGGUUCAGUCCAUGAAAGAAAAGGGCGGUAAAAAAGUUCAAUAACACGUCCUCUGAGCGGUACAUGAGUGACAUUCGUUUUCAAACCCAACGUACUUUUUAAAAGUCUAAGGAGGUCGGUGUCUGACAUGACAAAAAUAACAUGUCAAAAUGUGGUUAUUUUUAAACCUUACAGAGCAUUUAGCACUGCAACAAAACUAAUGAUUUAACACUACUUCAGAUCUGCAACAUUAAUAAAACAGACACAGACAAAGGAGUGUUACAUAACAGGGUCAAACUCAAAAACCUAUAAAAUGCUUCUUUUGUGGUGAAUAUGAGUUUAGAAAAAGCUCUUUUAAAGUAGUGUGACUUUUGUGGAUUCAGGAAAUAACUUUUUCUCUUAAAUUUAUUGAUCUACAGAUCUUUUAAACAUACAAUCUGAUUCUGAUGUUUACUCAAAGACAAGAUAGAUGUUUUGAAAAGUCAUGAGGACUUGAAGCGACAGCAGAAAGUUUCAUAAUGGUCCAGAUAUUUGAUGUUUCCUUCUCAAUGUACAUUAAAAAUAGUACAAGUCUCUUCUAUCUGGGACGUAGGCUCGCUGUUACUCACUAUUAUGAUGCUAAGGAGAUAAAUAAUGUUGUUCAAAAGCACAAUAAGUUACUGAUAUUGUCAAGAUAUCAACCCACUGGGUCAUGAUAUCAAUUUGAUGCCAGUUCCAGUCUAUUUCCCGCUGAUCAACAUGUUUCUAUGUAGAUUCAGUAAUACCCCUAGAUGACAAAAUACCUAGAUCACUUCUGUCGGUCGCUUUCUAGUAUUUCGUACAGUGAUUUCUGUCAUGUCUGACCAUAUGGCGUGGCGUGGUUCCAUCUUAUUCUGAACACUUCAGGGUUGUAAAACGUCAACAUGGUUUCAAUGGUUGUGUAGGUUUGUUAUACUUUAAUACGAUUUCACAGAACUUACAGACAACAUGACAUAUAUUAUAUUCAGCUCUUCUGUUUCAGUUUUAAAUCAAAAUCCAAAGUACAACAUCCAAACAUUAGCUUCAGAAACAUGAGCAAGAAAACUAUAAACAAAAGAAGAGAUAACAAACUGAAACCCUAUUGUGUGUUUACAAAACUAACUAAAACAUACUAAAAUUAAAGUUAAAAAUUCCUUUGUUUUCGUUUUUGUCAAUUUCAGAUUGUUAUAUUUUUUUAUUUCGCUCGAGCGAUUUUACGUGAGCUAGCUGCACCGUACGACACCUCACAGUUCAUCACUUUGUUUUUACAUUCGACUUCACAUCAGCCUUCUACCUGGAAAAAUGGCAACAAAACUUGGGAGAAAGUGACAGAGUCUGAAACAACAGCCUUUAAAACUGGUGAUAAAUUAUGUGGAAUACUCCUCAAAAAAAAAGAAAAAAAACUCACAAAUCUGAAAGUCCGUUAGAGAAGCUCACACAAGAACGCUAAUCGUGAGGACCUCACGAAUAGCAUUCAAAAUUCAAUAAAAAUGAACAAACCCGCUUUAAAAACUAAUUAAAAAAUCCAACACUACUAUAACCUUGCAAAUUAAAUUAAUCAAUGUCGGGAUUUUCUGAAGAGAUGUAAAAAAAUGGAGAAAAAAUAAUAAUUUCAAUGACCCGAUGAAUCAGUUUUUUACUUAGCCCUAGAUUCCAUAUUUGUUUAUUUAUACCAUUUAAAUGUCAGUUUAACUUUUUACUGUGUGAAUAAAAAACUUUAACUGUUCAGUCAGAGAGAAAGUUUUAAAACCAAUAAAAAGCCAAACAUGCCGACCAAACUCUAUUGAUAAAAACGCACAUUUUUGUUUAAAUUUAUGUCAUUUUAAAGGAAAUUAUGUUUAUCCAAUAAUACUUUAAUAAACUGCCGUGGGAACACUCACUGGAGUUUUAAAACAGCUCAAUCUCAAAGAACGGAAACCACUGCGGGGAAACGAUUUGCGAAGAGUUAUGAGACGAUAAAAAUGAUAAAAGAGAAGAAAUGUGUAGAGACUGGCCUUAUUUCAAAGUUUAGGUCGUCUUUCCUUCAAAUUGGUCAAAUUAUCCCUUUUUCAGCCAGAGAUUAAAUUAUCACAGACGCCUUUUUGAUGCCGACUGCAAAUCCGAUACUUGUGUUGAGAGGUUAAAGCUAGAUGCCGUUUUAAUAGACAGCAAGACAAGCCAAAAAAAGUUGGGAAUCACUAUCUUAUAACACCUUUCCCAGAUCUGGAGGACAGCUCAGAGACUAAACCCUGCCUAAAAAAGCAGCUGCAAACUGUGAUUAAUGCGCAACAUUCAACUAAAUAUGUGGAAUGAGCAGAAUCUCGGAGCUACUGUAUCAUCGAACACAGACACAAACACGCUCUCUCACACAUGCACCUCACUAAUCUUGUCAUGAAGAAGCCUCAUCCUGUCCUCCUCCAAAUCCUCAAAUUCAUUCACCUCAUCAAACACAGAGAGAGAGAGAGAGAGAGAGACAGAGAAAAGUCAGGACAAAAGAAAAGAAAGGGAUUGAUUUGAAGUCCGUCCACAUGAAAUGAGCCGUAAACAUCAUGUUUUUUUCAUCAGAGGAGAGGAAGAGCAAUCAUCGAGGGGGGAAGAGGAGGUCAGGAGGGUAAGGGCACAUCAGGGACAGUUUGGAGGGGUUUUGUGCUGCAGUACAGAGGCACAAAGACACAAGAAAGUGGCUUUACGAGACACCGGGGGUGACCACACUGAGAGCAAUGGGGUGAGGAUGCAGUAAAAAAGUGGGAAACACAUGAGGAAGCAGUUAAAAUACUUGAACAUGAAGAAAUGGGUCCUGGUUUGCCAUUUUUCUGUGCACCAGCAACAUUUCUUUCAAUUUCACUGCCUUUAGUUUGACAGAUUUAACAAGUCUCUGUUUUAGCCUUUAGUAAAAGCAGCUACGGAGCAGACAAAGAUGUCCCUUUCUCAUGAAAAAUUACUUAUAAGUCAAGUCAUCCGUUUGCCCAGUAAACCCUGAAUCAAACCUUCCUGGAUGUGGUUCUUGUUUUUACAGGACAGCUCCAAAUAAAGAGGUACAUAAAACCAUAUUUUGACUUUGGCUCCUCAGAUGAGACAUGAGAGAGACGAGCGGAGGCUGCCAAACCGUAAUCAUAAAUGCAAACAAACAAACAGAGAGCAGCGCGGAGGUCUUUUAUAAAUGCUGUCCCUUCUGUGCUGUAAAUCAUCAAUGUGCGCAGUGUGUUUUUGCAGAUGUGCACGUCUGCAUGCAUGCGUGUGUGGGUCGUAUAAUAUCGGAGCUCAAAGACAGGUAGAUUACUUUGGACAGCCAGCAGUCAGCAGUGAAGGCCGGUGGCAGCGGCAGUGUUGGUGGUGAUGACAGACUGUCAGAGCAGACCACACGCAGGACACAGGCUGCUGCACUGACCCCUUGUGGGGGGACGAUGUCACUGCAGGAGGAGGAAUAGAUGGAUGGAGUGUCGUCUUUGUGAAUGAUGUGCAAUGAGUUGUUCAGGGUUCGUGCAGAGGAGAGGAGGGAAAACACUGAGAGAAAAGUCCACUCUGAUCCUUACUCAGCUACACUCCUAACAAGGUUCAUGCCUCAUUUUUAAGUCGGGCUUAAAAACAAUCCUAUUCGUAUCUGUUCCUGUCAACAUGUUCAUAGAGCUUCUCUGCGGUUUUGUCAAUUAGGCAAAAUUGGCAAAUUAAAGGUUGUCUGUGUCUCUCACGUGUUAAAUGAUCACGACCAGGUAUCGACAUGAUUAUUGUUAAAAUUCAAAGUUUAGAGAUCCCAGUUAAAUAAACGUCCCCAUAAACUGACCUCAAAUAAAGUCUAUAGUCCCCACUUCGCUCAAAAACGAAUUAAAAGGUGUAUUUGCUAAAACUGAUUGAUUUAAUAUUAAACCUCAACAGCUUUUUUUCAGCAAAUAUCCUGAGUUUUUCUCAUGAUUGUAGCUCUAAUGAGAUGUAGAGGAAGGACGAUAACUUAAAGGCUGAAUUUUAGUUUGACUUUUGUUUAAACUUUUCGUACACACUCGAACACAGUUUUGAUCAAAAUGAGGACUGUAGAUUUGGUCCCCAAUCUUUGAAAACAGGAGAAAGACAAAAAGGUAGGGUGACCAUUCGUCCUCUUUUACCCAGACAUGUCCUCUUUUUUGAGGGCUGUCCGGUUUGUCCGGGGAAGUUUAUAAAUCCUUCAAAUAUCUGCGGUUUUGUACGUAAGUUUCGAAUUUGUGUCACAUGGACUUACUGAGUUAGAAGUGCAUAAAAGUCUCUCGAUCCGACCCGCAAAACUCUCAAAAUUAACUUUGUGUGACUCUGUGACUCCGCCCCGCAUCGUCGUGUCCUCUUUUUAGGAAGUGAGAAUAUGGUCACCCUAAUAUAGGGAGAAUGAGAAUGAGAAGUGGAAUCAGUUCCAGUGAGAAAAUCUGAGGUAUUUUGGAUUCAGACUUCAAAUUUUGCAGGAAGAACCUGUGAUGAGUUCAGUGGAUAGUUGCUUAUUUAUUCACAGUGAAACUUGGACAUGCUUCCAUCUGAAUCCUGGAUUUCAUUAGGUUACUGAUUUCUGACAUGUUUUGAUUAACAUUCGUCAAAGUUAAUUUGAGUAAAUGUUUGUUGUUGCUCUUGAUGAAGCGAACAGUUGCUGUCAAUGAAAACCUCGCAGAUGUCCGUGAUUACGUGGAUUACUGUUGAGCAACGAGCCUUCAUAUCCGACGUUGAUAUGAUUCUCAUGAGUUCGUAACUCUCUCGGUAUAAACUCGGGUUUUCAGUAAAGUUUUGAAAAUGUACGUACAACAUCCAACCACCGUCUUAAAUAACAGGAGAAAUCUCCCCCAGAGGUAAAGUCCUUAUUCUGUUUCCUUCUCUUGACUGAAUUUCGCAAUAUUUGGAUGUGCUUCCUGUCCCCUACUUGGAUAAACACGCUUUUGGAAACUUAAACAAUCCAACGCAAACCACCAAAUUUACAAAUGGCACUGAAUCAGAAUUAAUCUGACAGUGAGUUUUAUCGAUGAAAAUACAUGAUGUCUCUUUCUGAAAGACGCAUUAAACCUUGAGGCCGAGGUGCGGACUGCAUCAGGGAGAGUUUUAGGCCCAGAAAUGGAAAAAUAAAUCAGUGGGAACCAUUUCAGGGUUAAACUAAUCAUAUCUGACUGCAUGUGUAGGAAGUGAAUGAGGUAAAAUGGUCCCCCAUCUCCCUCAAAUUGCGUUGGGGGGUUGAAUAUUUUCAUAUGUAUUACAACAUCUCCUCACUUGUGGUUGAAAUGGGCUCUUUUGUAGAAGAAAACCACGAUGAGCAAUUUUGUUUUACUAAGCUCUGCUUUUAUGAGCACUGUUUUAGUAAACGCAACCAUAUGCCCAUCUGGAACAAGAUCCAAGAGAGAGAAGGGGGCUGAAUGACAAGUGACCUCAAGAAACACUAUAGAAAUAAUUUGGCAAAAACAGAAACUGGAAUAUGGCAGCCCACACUCGGACUUUUGCCUCAUUGUCCAGUCAUUGUUCUGUGUGGGAGGAAACACUCAGGCAACAUGUUGCAUGCAGAUACAGAGCGAGAUAACACAAAACAGGCCCAUUGGAUGACUUGCAAGAUACAGUGGAAAUUAAUUAAUCCUGAUUAGUGUUGUGCUCCGAGCGCUCCCGCGGGAAGACAGCCGGUUCCAACCGACCCGGGUUUCCUCGCCAGCUGCGGUGACAUGAAGCAUAAACAAACACAUCACCGCGUGGAGAAAAUUGCAAGCAUGUUUCAUUGCCUGUGACAGGAAGAAGGAGUAUUAAUCAAAUCAAAAAACUGACAAACUGCUGGAAGGCAGAGGAGUUCACCUCGAGCGUCAAUCUGGUCCGUGUUUAGUCCUCGCCGUCAAAAGGGAUACAAACGCUUGUUUGUGUGAAUCAGGUGAAUGCGGAUGCUCGAAAAAUUAUCUAAACUGCACAAGUCUAAACAUAUGGAAAGCAUUCAGUCACAGGAACAAAAAAAUAUCCUCUCUCUGACACUGACGAGGCUAAAAAAAAAAAAACACUGAUCAGUUAUCCACCAUCACCGAGCUUUUCGCAGGAGAAAAACUUUCAAAAACAUGCGACCAAACUUCCCUCUUAAAGUCAGAAAUCUCUUUCAACUCUAUCUGGUCGGAUCUAGGAGAACCUGCGGCUCAUCUGGCUCAACAGGUGAUGUUCUCCCAGAGUGCACCUAAAGUCAAACGAGAGAAAAGUGGAGUGAGAGUUUGCUUGUAAAGCUGUCAAACCACAGAUGACCGAGAGGAAAACUGAGAAGUGGGAGAAAGUAAGCGAGACCUCUGAGGAUUAAGAAACUGGAGAGGAGGGAAAGGGGGAAAUAGAGAACGAAAUAAGCUGGAUUCCCUGACUGAGAGCAAAUAUCAGCAAUUUCUGAGAUGCUUUUGGCCGAAAGCUCGAUCAGAGGAUUUAAACCCGCUCUCCAGUUUGGGUGUUGGAUAUAAAGCUGCAGCAGAGAUGGUUGGUGAAAGAACCCGCAACCUCCAAAGGUAACCGGAUCUUUCUACCAUCAGAGGUGGAAAGGUAUACAGAUCCUUUAUUUAAGUGGAAGUGCAGAUACUUGUAUAAAAUAAUAGCCUUGUAAACGGAGAAAUGCUGAUUCAGCACUCCUGAAACACAGACUGAGUUGUGCACACAGGAGGAAAGUUUCCCUCUAACAGGCGUGAGUUUCUGUGCAAAGCUCACAGACACCCUGGUCAGAAUCAGGAUAAUAUCUUUCUUCAAUUCUUCUAUUUUCAUAAAACAAGAUAAAAACGAUCGAACACAGUCGACUUUAAACUCCCACAAACAUAAGAAACUUUACAUCCUUAGCACUGUUAGAUGGCACAUUUCAAAUUUCUGCCUUUUUGCUCUUUAAGUCACCUCUCUUAACUUUGGUUCACACACAUAUUCCUUCUCUUGUUUCUUUACAUCCUUACACAUCUUUUAUUUUCUCAUGUCACAUCUUUUUAAUGUGACACAAUUUGUACAUUAUUGUAUUAUUUUCCCACCUAUUCAAGAUAAAGUAAGUUAGACUAGAAACAUGGUGCACAAUGACAGAAAAAAUAUAUAUUUUUCAGUAUGUUAAAGCCUGUCUGUGAGCUAUUUUCAUGAUGUUCUGAGGCACUUUCAUAUCCCAGAGUAGUGUCCCUCAGUUCUGUUUAAACACUCUUUACAUGCUUUACAUUUGCAGCUUUCAAACUGAAUUUUAAAAAGAAAACUUAAAAUAAUCUAAACAGCUGUACAAUUACCGGCAGAUAUUUGUUAGUGUCAUGAGGCUCAUGGUAUUCAGGAUUAAGCUCAGGAAGCAAACUACAUCAAUAUACAAGCGUUAGGAUAAAAACAUGUAACAGUAUUAAAGAAAGCUCAAAACUACGGAAGAGGAUUAGGGCCACCGGGGAGUUAUGGGGGUUAUCCAGUAUGAGGAGACGGACUGUGGACAAGGUAGAUGAAGGAAAAAUAUGGACAGAAGACAAACUGCAAAUUUCCAGCAGACUUUAGUGUACGUAAAUAAGGAUUAAAAAAAGGAUAUUACUCGAUUAGCUUAUCUGUUUGAAUAGCAUUACUUUUCAUGGACAAAAAGAUGAGAGAUUUUAGUUUGACUAGCAAUCUUCGCUGGUUUCCAACUGAUGGUGCUAUCGACCAAAUGACAGCAGCUACAACAAAAAUUCUGAUGAACAUGAAACUGUAAUUUAUUCUAAAGAAAUUAAGAUAUUUAAGUGAGAUUAAAGCAGCACAGUCUGUUCAGUUUUAACGUAUAUUGUUUCAAACCUUUCAAACAUUUAGAAUAAUCUUAUACUGAAGUGUUUAUCAUUUCAAACAUGAACACAAUAAUAUCAAAAAAUAAAAAGGAGAAGAAAACGAAAAAAAGAUUUAGAAAUAAACUUUAGUUUUAGUUUUACAUGAAGUAUUUUGACAGAAAAUAAAACCAGCGUUGUCAUAUUUUAAGAAACCUGUAUGCAGCCCCUCUUUUAUUGUACAGAGAGUAAUUUUUUCCACGCGCUUACUAAGUUUCUCAUCUUUGUUGGCGACUAGGAGCAAUCUCAGAAAUCCACACUGAAGAAACCAAAGAAACUGUUGAGAGUAGUCACUGAUAUGUAUGUCAGGAUUUAGCACUUGGAGCAUGUCCAGGUCAUAUAACCUGUUAAAGUUGGAGCCUGUAUAAUAUUCAAAAAAGGAAACCCUAGAUUUGAAAAACCAGAUUUCAUCACUGACGAUACCGUUAUAAAGCGGACGAGUGUGAGAGGAAACUAAAGAAAACAUAAGAGAGAAAACAGGAGAUGGGGGCGUUUGUGAGAACUCAUCACCCUUUCUUUUUGACAAUCCCUUUGGGGGGCUGAUAUUGAAUCCAUACGUUUGAACACACAUUACAUCGCACAUUGCCGUGUGAACACACCCCUCCGCCCUCCUCAAGCUGCGACCAUCAGGGUAUAAUCAGAAAAAAACGUACUUUCUUUGAACUCAAACCAGAACAUUUUGACUCACUGUUUCGACAACGCACGCACCUCUGCGCAGCAACAAGUGGACAGAGCAGAAAGUGCAGUUAUGACCCCCGACAGGCAGACAGAUUGCAGAUGUGUACGUGUCAAAUCAAUACACAUUACAGAGUGAAAAAUGCUUUCACUAAGAUUAACUUAAAUACAACAGAUCUGGAAAACUCAAGCGAGAUCAUUAAUCAUCUAAAGUGUUUUCUGAAUCAUAUUAUCAACAGAUGUGCUUGGCUCGGCCGGCCUGCUGCUGUCAGUGACCCAAUGUUCGCCAUACCUUAAUGACAGCGAUGUAUUUAAAUCAAGAACAUGCACUUCUGCAGGUGCUGAUGUCCACAAAUAUCACAAAAACACAACACCCAACCCAAAGACAAGGCCUGUUGUAGCUGCACAAUGUUUGAAGUGAAAAGCCAAAACUGUCUGCGCUCAGGCCAAGACCAACCCUGGUUUACAGCUCUGUAUGGUUUCUAUAGCACCCAAACUCCACUCAUGAUAUGGAAAAUACAACAAGAGUAGCUCACAGCCAAGCAGAGUUAUUUUUAAAGCUUAAAAAAAGUCAUUUUAAUGAUCUGAUCCCUUUACAGUCCAACGAGAGAGCCAAAGAAUCAACUCUGAGCUUUCCUCAAUCAAUCACAAACCAGCUGGGAAACUCAAAUCAAUCAUCAUGGAGCCUGUGAGAUUGGAAAACUGUGAUCAUUUACUCACUGUGUCCUCUAACUUUUCCUCUCUCUGCAGCUGUGUUUGUGACUGGAACUGGAGGUAAACUAUGGGAAGUGCCCAUCACUUCCUUUAUCUCUUCCUCAAACCACAGUGAGGGCCUGCAGUGGGAGCAAGACUGUCAGUACCGCCACCUACAGGACAGGGUGAGAAUAUCGGCAGACAUCCCCCCAAGACUGGAUGGCACAUGGGUUUCUACGAGGUGAGUUCUCACAGUACUGUCUGCUUUCUGUGAACCUAUAAACCAAAGACCUGAAAAGUAAAGAGCUGGGAAAGUAUUUUCUUGUGCAUUACCACCUGAAAUAAAAACCAACCAACACUGCUUCUUAUAGGCCGGUCAGCAACACAGACAUUGAUGAAAGCUGGACCAUUUUACCCACGUGAAAGUGCAAAAAUUACCAGCAUGGCAAUUAACAUCAGCAAAUAGAUAUAACUAUUACUAUGUGAAAACUGUACAAGUGAGUAUAAGUUUUCACACAUUUUGUAGGAUCAUUUUAAAGUAUAUCUUACUAUUCAUUUAACAGUUAUUUGUAUCUAUGUGUAAUAUUAUUCACAAUUACACAGUCUUCCUAAGAUUAGAGUCUAUUAAGAUUAAGUUAUUAAAAUUAGUCGAUUAAGUUUAAAGAUUUGUGGGUCCAUCCUUUGCCCAUAUCACCAAAAGCAGAUUUUUUAUCUAGCUUUUAGGAUCAACCAAUCACAGCUUUUGGAAUGAUGACUCAUACCUCCUCACUCAUGCUGCGUUCGAGUUACCUCAGAAGUCAGAGGUCGGAGCUGAAAAUGACGUCAUAUGAAAGUUAUUUUAGCGCUUGCCUUGUCCGAAUAUAAGGCAAGCGCUAAAAUAACUUUCUUAGAUGUAGCCAUUUUGUUUCAGGCUUCCGAUUUUGCUUUUUUCCAACUUGGUAACUGAAAUGCUGGGAACUCGGGUGCAAUUUUCAGCUCCGACUUCUGACUUCCGAGGUAACUCGAACGCAGCAUAAGAUAGGAGUUUCUGUCCAUUGCUUGUUUAGAGUUCUCUGAGAAUGUUCUGGAAUCACUCCUAAGUUAAGACUCCUUUCUAGGAAGUUUUAGGUUAAAGGGAUAUUCUGGCGUAAAGUUAAGUUAUGGUCAAACACACCGUAACACCGAAUUAGACACCCCCUUGAGAGAUGAUUGUUGCCGACUGCUUUCUUCUCUAGUUACAUCAACUUGAGUAAUGACCGCAGGCUAGCAAUACACAGCCAGCGAACUACGUCUCCAUGUGCAAACCUCCACCCAAACGCCACCCUAUAGCCACAAAUAAUGCUCAGAACAGCACCUAACUUCAUCAACAGGACAUAUAGGGUCCCAGUCAUAGUACUAGACAUCAAACAUCCAUUUAGUUUUGACUAAUUUCUUUAGCAAAGAGACUAAACACAACUCACCUACUCUCCUCCAGCAACCACUUGUUUGUGGGGGAGCCCUGACGAGUCGAUCCCAGAGAGUCAGGUGUUAAGUUAGGUGCUCUCUAAGAGGAUUCUCAGAAUCUUUAGGAAUACGGGCCUGGGUUAUUUAGAACUGAUGCAGAAAUGUAUUCCGGUCCACAUCUGCAAAAAACAUCUUGGGGCAUCUGAAUCAUUUGGAGAAGUCGAUCCUUUUUGACCAGGACUGUAUGGACAUGGAAAUUGUAUUCUGAAGCAAAAAUCAUCUAGAGGAGUGGUCUUACCUCACUUUACCAUGUAAACCUGAAGAGGUCCAUUUGCAGUGGGUAGGAUCGGCACUUAUCUCAGCAACAGGUCAAUGUUACUCAACGUCUUCAUUCGGCAUAGGAACAUCAUAGGACUCGACAAUAUCUACCAGUUCAAUAGAUUUAGAUCUGGGAAUUUUGACAAGCUGGUCUCGUACCCUUGCACACUGACGUCAGAGUUUCCUUGCUGGGCAGUGAAACCCUCUGUGGUCCUGCGUUGAGCCACAAUGUUAUAAACAUUUAUAUUUUGUGGGUCGUACCAAAAUUUUACCAAUGCACUCAUCUACACAAAUGUCAAUGAGGCAUUUGAUCUCCUCCACCCAUGACUCAUGUUGUUGGAAGGUUAACUGGCUAAAGUGAAACAACUGGGCAUGGCGCAGUAUUUGCUAACCUGCACAGUGAGAAAAGGAGGAUGUGAGGUAAGGGCUGAGAUGGUGUCUGAGAUGGCUUAAUUUAGGUGUGAAAUCAACCUUAUUUAUGACCAGAAUGCCUCACUACAGUUCUGUGCAUUCAGUCACUGCAUCAGCUCUAUCUGAGGUAACGUGUUGUUGUUGGACAAACCUGAAUAAAGCCGGAUAGAUACAUCUAAAGAGCAAAUAAACAUCAGCUUGUAGAUUGGUUUGGUUGUUGCCAGACAUCUGUUCAUACUGGUGCAAUUAUUAAGCCUAAACAUGAAAAGGAUUUGGAUUCAGUUACGUAAAUAACAAUAUUAUAGCUCUAAAAGAGAAAUGUCCAGUGAUCUUAAGUGUUUGCUAUGAUUUGACUUAGACUCACCAACAAGAACAAAGACAACAAACAAUCCUCUGAUAGCCACUUCUUUAAAUCUGUACAAACCUGUUAACCCACAUCAUUUUAACUUCUGCAUUACUCUGUUGUGUUCAGAUGUGAAGUUCGGCCGGGUCCAGAGUUCCUGACCCGCUCUUACACCUUCCACCCCAGCCGCCACUUCCACGCCCUGCAGCACUACUACACAGACAGUGGCUGCGAGGAUCCGGCGUACUCUCUGAUGAUCAAGGGGAAGCUUCGCCUACGUCAGGCCUCCUGGAUCACACUCGGGGCCACAGAAGCUGAGCACCACCUAAGCAAGGUGGGAAUCGUUGUCCACAGUCUCGCAGCAAAGCAGAGGCUGACCUCCAGGCUGCCUCCGACCUGCGUGGGUACGACUCUGAGUCGAGUGGUUCCAGGGAAGCUGUAUGAGCUGUACAACACACGAGCAGGGAGGGCAUGUCUGGUAGCGCUGGGUUUCUCUAUGCUGGAGAUGGAGCUGAUUCGGGUGGAGAUGCAGCACCACAACCAUGGAGGGAAGGUCCAGGAGAUGUUCUUAGGGGACAUUCACACGGACUGGACUCAGAGGACUCAGUACAGACCGACAGGAUAUCAACAUCCACUGCAGAAUGCCAUGGUGAGACCUUACUGUAUGUUUUUUAGGUUUUUAUAAGACCAAGUGUGUUUUAAUAAACCAACACGGGUAUUUUUUUUUUUUGCCUUGCCUUACCCGGGAUUUCCACCACAUCCAAAACGGCACUAAUCUGGAACGGCAGUGAUUUUCUCCGUACACCAAUAGCAGAGCCGUUUGUGAGGCGAAUUUCGUGGCGGAUCACGGACAGCAGGAAUCAUGAAACCCGCGGAUUCACGUGCAAUCGCGUGAUAACAAGUUGUCUUUAGCCACAUAGGCUAACCAUAACUUGAAUGGUUACGAUCAGCUAUGAUCCAUGGAUACGGCCUUUUCGUAGCCGUUCCAGAUGAGGUGGAAAUUGGGGAUGGGGAUUUUACCUGUUGUUUCAAAGAGUUAGUAAAAUAUUAAUCCUCCAAUCAAAGUCUUUCUUUUGUCUAAACUAUGGCUACUGAUCAAUCGACUGAACUGCUGGUAAUUGACAAUGUAAUCUUCAAAGAUAUUUGUCGUGUUUUUAUAUGGGAUCAAAAUCAUUCAAAUCAGAGGUCCCAUCAGUUUUCCGUGUAAACGUAGCUCCUGACUCAGCUUUACUUUUUCUUUACAGCAUCACAUCCAUCCCUGCCCCGUGUGCGCCCUGGUGUACCGCUCCUCAGAGCAACGCCCUCCAGUGUUGCCCCGCGGCCCCGCAGCUCCUCUGACUCUGAAAGGCCGUUGGGUCAGCCAGCACUGCGAAACCCGUCCCAACAUCCUCUUCCUCACCAGAGACUUCACCUUCGACUCUGACCAGCACGCCUGGGAGGGGAUCUACCGGCACUACUCGGAUCCUGUCUGCUCUCGGCCCACGUUCACUCUCAGGGCCUCGGGCCACUAUGCUCAGGGAAACCCCUCUGUGAAGAUCUCAGGGGCCACUGAGUUUGUCUUCAAGGUCACACAGGUGAAGGUCACAGCUGAGGAGGAGUCCACUGCCAAGCUGUUGAAUGGGACAAGGCCAGGAAAGUGUGGUCAGGCGGGAGGCUGGGAGGUCGGGGUGGAGCAGGACGUGACCCCCACAGCUGGGUGCAACGUGCUGGGAAUCAAACUACCGCAUAAAGAGUACGAGCUCUUCAAGACUGAGCUGGACCACAGGAAACACCCGCUGCUGUUCAUCGGAGAGAGGCUGACAGAUGGGUCCAGUCCAGACCGACCGCAAAGGAGGCCAACGAGUUUUCAGGCUGCCAUGAUGCUUUGCAGUGGUGGGGAGACACAUCCCUCAAAUCGCUAUGGAUGGAACAGCAAGCAGGUUCAGUCAGCAGCCGGAGGGACCGGCAGACCGGGACAGUUUUUGUUACCGCUGCUUGGAUGUGUUCUGUUCAGCUGGUUGUGUUGUUUUUAGAGACAAAGCACACAAAUCAAUCUGUUCCACAUCUGAGGUCACUGAUGGACGGGGUUUUCUGGCAGCUGUCGUUCACACUUCUUCCACAUGAUGUUGACCACAUGUGUGAGGGUCAAAAAAAAAUCACGAGACAGUCGGGAGAGCUGGGUCAUUUUUGGAAAUCUGGCUUUCAGAUGCUGCCUGUAGCUACACUUUAAUGACUCUUAACUUCAACUGCAUUUCUACCUAAAACUAAUCUGUAUAUAAACCAACAAUUUAUACCAGUGUCAACACUUCAGCAUGUAAAAAUAUACUAUUUUAAAGCCUGUUUCUUUUGUAUAGUGAUCAGAUUUUCUCAUUUACCAGAUUGAUUUCUUUGGCAUACUUCUGGACUCUGUUGUUGAAGGCUGUGGACAUUCCAGCGUGCGUCACUUAGGAGCUAAUUUUUAACCAUAGACUGUAUAUAGAAUGGACGCCAUCUGCCUGAACAGCACCCUCUGGUGACAGGCUGCAGUAUAGGUCAUCAUUUCCGCCUCCUCCAGCAAUCCCUAUGGAGCUGUGGACAAACUUUAGAAAUGAGUUACACAGAAUAGAAAUGUUUCUCCCCCCGGUCAGGUUCACUUUGACUGACACUUGAUACAGCCUAUGGGCGUACGAAGAUUGCGUAGCUCACCCGGGGGAGACGCUGUUUGAGCAGAACGCCAUCACAGUGACUCUCCCGCCAAAUGCGUACAAUGCUACUGCGCAAGUGGUGGUUCCAGGAGGAAAAUCCAGUGAAGAAAAUCCCCGAAAUACUAAGAGCAAUUCAGCUUCAAAUUCGUAUAAUGAUGGAAGGCGGAGUCAAGUCGUCCAUAGUAUAUACAGUCUAUGUUUUUAACCCCAAUGCAGUAUAACUGAUGCACUUUGUACAAAACUUUGUCUCCUAACAAACUGGAAAGAAAGAUAACAAGUACAAAUCUUUGUAUUAAAUCUUUCAUAGCUGCCGUCUUCAUCGAUAUGAUGCCACUCUCUGUCAAAGCUUGUGUAUGAUUAAGAUUUUCUAUCAACAGUCAAGAACAAAUCAAAUGAGUAUUUAUUUUAACCAUUUAUAACUUACAUUUAAAUAAGAGAAAGUUUGGUUCUAAUGUUUUAGUUAUUGUUCGCCAUUUAAGCCGUGAAUCUUUUCUAAUGUUUAUUAAAAAUGGCUUUUCAUAAAA